UGGACUCGAUGAUCCUCAAGGUCUCUUCCAACCCUGUGAUUCUGUCAUCUCAUCUUAUUUUGACUGAAGAGGGCUGACUGGAAGCGUUUCAGUUUGGACAGUAUUUCCUUCUGUUCUUCCAACCCUCUGGCCCAGCUGUGGAAAAAAAACCAAAAAGGCAGGUCAAGUCAGUUGUUGCCACAAGUCCCUGUUCUUUGCCUUGCAUGCUACUUUGAGGCCCUUCGCCAAAGAAGGAAAGCAAGUAUUUAUUAUUUGAAUAAUACUUAACGUCUAAGAUGUGAUCCUAGGCCAUUUAAGCAAUUUUGGGCAUCAUGUCCAAGACUGUUCAGGUAGCUUGUUUGCUGUCCUAUCUCCUGGAAGGCAGAUACUGGCAAAUCUUAGUACAUCUUACCCUGUGUGGCUAGUUGAGCUGUUGUCUUCAUGAAGCUCUCUUCUUCCCCAGAAGGUUUCCUCAAUGGAAGAAUUAAUAUUUCCUGUGCAAAAAUUACUUGAUUCUAUGUGUACAUAAUGUUGCAUGUUUCAGUUUGGUUUGAAUACUUUUUGUGUUGCAAAUAAGCUUUGCUUGUCAUGACUUUUGAAGCUGAAAGAGGGAUGCCAUGACACGUCAGUCUGUCAGGCCACUGAUGAUCUGGGCUUAUGGAGACAUCUGAGUGUGUAGGCAUUGUGUUGCUGUCCAGCCUGAUACCACUUUGAUAGUACUUGAGAAGACAGGUAUAGAGGAAGGGAGAGGCAUGGCGAUUACUGGUUUCUGACUUUGAGCUGCUUCCAUUUUCCAUGGCUUUGUAUGAUGUUGAGGAUGUCAUUUUUUGAGCUAACUAGCAGGGUUAAGGGGUAGGGAUAUUUAGUCAUGCAACUUUUCUCUUGUCUAAAUCUGCAUUUGAGCUAAAAGUUCCCUGUGAGAGAGCAAAAACUCUCCCGAAGGGAGAUCCUGCAGUUUGAAGGAGGUAGGGCUGUCAUGGAGAUAGCAGGUUCAUGCACUGUGGAUCUGCUGAGGUGUACCCUCUGUUGGAAUGUCUGUGAUGGGGGUGCGUUUUGGGCCUAACCAUCUCUCCAGUUUUCCACUGAGCUUUGAGCAAGGAGUACUGACAUGAAAAGCCAGCAUAAGAGAACUGUUCCUCUAAACCUUUUCACCCUUAUCUUGCCAUCCAUCAUUGGGCUCUCUGUUGCGGUGAAGAAAGCUGAGUGCAUGAGGGAGAAAACCAUGUUUUCCUUCAGGAGGAUGCACCAAAGAGUGAAUGGAGUACUGUGUGGCCUUGAAGGUGACACAUGUUUCUUGAUUAGAGCAGCAUCUUUUUCUUACUUGUGUUUUUUUUUUGAUUUGUAUACCUCUUCAGUCAGACUAACUUGACUUGCUUCCUGUUCCUGUCUGUUGUUGAACAUUAGCUUUUGAAAUUGGCAAUGGGGAAGAAGGAUGUAACUGCAGUAUGAAAGGGGGGAAAGUUUUACAGAGCCCAGCUGGAAUACUGAGGUAAAUGCUCAAAAAUUGAAGUAGGCAUCCUAGCCAGUUCAAGUGGAUGUUGACUUUGAAACCCUUCAACCUAUCGAGUUGCUAUAUUUGAAGAGUCAUCAAGUUGUCUCCUUUCACCCCACUGCAUCUUUGGUUUUCUUGUGUUAGUAGGCUUGAGAGGACUGCAGAUGUCUAAGGCUGAAGGGGAAUGUCUACAAUAAAAUGCAGUUAUCUCUUGAAGAAUACAUAUGAGUUUUGACAGAGUUGUAUUGCCUUGGAGAGCAUUUUGCUAGUAGGCUGAGAGAACUAACACAGGAGGCUGGGAAAGCAAAUAAGAGCAAUAGUUGGCAAGAUCUUGUGGCUGGUAGAGUGUAGUUGAAAAACCAUUCCUGUUAAAAGUCAGUCUUAUUAAAACUAUUAUUUAAGUAUUGGAAUUGUUCACAGCUUGCUUAUUUGAGAUCUGAAUAGCUGUUAGAUUUUGUGUUCAUCAUUUGUGUUCAUUGUUUUGGUGAAACUCUUUCUGAACAUCAAUAUUGGCUGUGUUCAAACAGUCACAACUUGACAUUUAGUUAAAAUUUCAAAUAUAACCCAAGUAAUAAUUUUCCCUUAGCUAUCUUUGAACAUUUUUUAUAUGAAAGAGGGCAAUACAAGGAAAAAGUAUAAUUUUGUGCUGAGUUUUGGUGUUUUGUCCUUGUAUAUGAGCUAAUUAGUAAUGCAUGUUGAUGUUGUCUAGCUCAGGGAAUUGGUUAUGUUGGUGGAAAUGGUUAUGUGUCUAAAUCGACCUUAAUAAUUAGGAAUGUAAAAAUGGUUAUAGUUUAUUGGGGUCUCACUUGAACUGAUCCCUUAAUGGAAUGAAGGUACUUGUUUUCUUUACCAAAGACGCUUAAGAGUUGAUCUUUCUAAUAUGGUUUCUAGGAUAACUUAAGUUACCUUACAUGUUUCCCUCCCUUUACCCCAGCUGAUAGGAUAACCAGUAAUUUCAGUCAGAAGAGAUUGUUUAUUUUCUGUAGAUCAGUCCAUUGCCAAGCAGUGUUCUUGCCUUGUUGUACAUGCGUUAUGUUUUCAGAACCCCUUGCAAGUGUUUGUUGGCUUAAUUCCUAAUGCAUAGUAGCUUUAGUAGGGGAUUGUUUAGAGUAUCCUAAUACUCUUAAGUAUUUUGCAGAAAUGUUAGGAGUUUCCAAAAGCAUUUCCUACUGAGUGAAGAUGUUUUCUUUUAAUCUAUGUAUACAGUUUUAGUGUUCCUACAAAUAUUUACAUUCCAUAGAUAUUUAGCACUUUCUUGCUUGUGUCCUUUUUAGUGUGGUCACCAGCACUAUUAAGGUCUUUCAUGCCUCUACAAAUAGCUGUUUCUUGUUGCUGAAAACAGCCGUUUUUCAGUUGUCUUGUCACUGCUUACCUGGAAUAGGCAAGUCUGCUUCAGGUGCCUCUUCUUUCCUGCUGAAAGAAGAGUUAAUCUGCUGAAACCUUCUGCAGAUUAACUUCUGCAGCAGCAAUCACAGGGGUGAAUUACAAUCCUUUUUCCUUAAAAUUCAUAUGCCUUUUUUUUCUAACCUUUUUUUCUUAAUUUUCUUCACUUAUUUCAAUUCAUGGUGAUUUUGAGGCAAAGAUGUAGAAAUGUUAAGUGGUGUUACUUCUUUAGUGAUUCAUUGAAGAGUCUGUGAAAAGGUUCCCCUUUUAAACUGCCACUCUUGAAAGGCUAGAAAUUGCUUUGUAUUGUUGCAAAGGGGUCAUGCUUUCUGAUCUUAAUUACCUGUGUUUACAUUAGUAACAUUUUAAGUUACGUGAAGAUUUAAGACCACCUCAUUAUCAGAAAAAUUCUGAAUUUUCUGUCAAGUUUUCUGUCUUUCAUCUAUUUUAUCAAAGUUCUUCCAUAUAAUUUAGCAUAAAUCAAGAGGCACUCUUCUGGUUUCUACUCCUCAGCUGCAUGGGUUCUCAUCAAGCAGUACCCUGAUCUAGUUUGUGCUGCAGAUUCUUAAACAGUGUAAUGGAGGGAACAGCAAAUGAAUGUACGUUCAGGUGGGGAGGGCUGCUAAUAGAUAAAUGGUAGUUUAUACUAUUAAACAAAAAGUGAAAACAGAGGCAAAGAAAUAAGCAUUGUUUAGCCUGUUUGUGCAGACUCACCAAGCACAAGAUGUCCUGUUAAUAUGUGGAUCUCAGAGCAAUCAUUAAGCUCUCCUUGACAGCUAUCCUUCUUAUAGGGAAAUUAAGAGUGAGUUGUGUUUUGUUUUGAUGGGCAAGGUUCUUAACUAAAGACUGGUAACUAAAUGCCUCUGGUCUUUGUGUGUGUUUACCCAAAAAGGACUUUAGGAUUUGAGCCAAGCUAUGUAAUAGUUUUUGUAUAUGCUAGAUUGAACAGUCUCUGUUAUCUCUUAUUGUACAGCUUUUUUGAGUGUGCUUCUUGUAUAUGCCUCUAAGGCACUUGACCAUUUGAAAAAAAAAAGAGUCCUUCAAAUUAACACUCCAGUAAAGAUAAAAAUCACUAAAGAGGAAGCUUGAAGAAUUGCAUCUAUUCCAAGUGUCAAUAACUCUGCACUUAAAAUUUGAAUAGCUAAAAAAUAUUUGUUUUGCUGAGUUGUGCUUUUUAAAGCAAAAUUCAGCAUCUGUAUUGUGCCAGGUCUUACCUUUCAGUGAGCUCUUAAAUAAUGAUGGGUUUUUGUUUUUUGUUUUUUUUUUUUUUAAUUUAGCAUGUUUAGCAAUAGUCCCCACAGACAAGAAACAGUUUACUCUUGUUGAAAUGCAUUAAUUACUGUUGUAAGUCAAAGUGGAUGGAAUAAAUCCUCUGGAAAGGGAGCAACUUCAUUACAAGCAAAGAACAAAGUUCUGUUUUAGACCUUUGUGUCUGGAAGAGAUAAAUAACUAUGUAUGCAGCCAGAGGUGGUUCUUGUUCUACAGUUUGGUAUUAAGAAGACAAAAUUUGUAGUAUUUGCAUGUCCAAAUGCUGAUGUGUUUUAUCUAUUGCAUGCUUCCCUUGCACUGGAAAACAGGAUUGGAGGGCAAACACAAAAUACUAAGGCAUGCUCUGAAGGUUUUGUGGUAUGUGAGCCUUGAGAAGAAUCUUCAGGAGCACAUAUACGUCUCUUAGGACUUUACCAAAGGGCAUUGUGUCAGCUGUGACCUUUGAGGCUGGAGGCAUCUCAUGGUCCAGCUUGUGUUGCCUCUGAACAGUGCUAACAUAUUGAAGUAAGCAGAUGUGUUUAGUAUCUGCUGUCUUAAGUUCAGAGUGUAAUCACCUUCAUGUUAUAAUACUUUUUAGAAGUAUAUAAUGUAAUUGCAGCAGGUAUUUGUGCAGUGAUUUUUUUUUUUUAGUGCAGUGUCUAUAAAUAUAAUUAAAUUAUGUAUAUAAAACCAAUGUGAAAUGAUUUCCCACCCAGCAAUGACCAGGAUGCACAAGUAUGAAUUGAAACUGGUGGUAGAAAGACUUACGUUUUUCCCUAGCAUCUAUAUGCAUGUGAGGUGGUAAUGGUGGAUGAAGGCUUACCUAUUUUGUCACCUCCUUGGCUCUGUCUCAGCACUGCUGGGAUCCAGGCUCACAUUGCAUUUUCAGCUGAGCAUGAAUAGUUGAGUAUAUUGCACACCAAAAUACCUAUGUUGAAAGGAAAGUUUGUAGGCCACUGUGGCUAUUGUUUAGCCAGUCUGUAUCUUGCUAGCUCCACUAUAUUUUCUAAAGCUCUCAUAUAAAAAUCUGCUGUUAUAAUUGGAACUGUUCUAUGGCAACCAGUUCUAAUUGCAUAAACCAUAUGGCUUUUGAACUUCUGAUGUCUUUUCUCUUGAAAAACAAAAAGCCUACUUGCUUCUCUGCUUGGAAAUCUUACUCAUGACUUGCUUGAGCUGCAGCUAAUUAGAAACUGGCAUUCAGUUAAUGCCAUAAACAGUGUUUAAGAGUGUUUGGGUUUAAAGUCUUAUCUGUGCAUGAUGAAGAAAAAAGUAAGUUUAUAGAAAAUAGAUGGCUGCCAUGCACUGCAUGUUAGAGAGAAUCGCUCAGUUUGCUGAACUGAACAACUGUGUCUUUAGUUCUAAAGCUUCCUUUCAGCAUUAUAAAGAGAGCUGAUUUACUCAGUCAACUUGGCUUUAUUGUUCUCCUCUUAAUCUGAAUGUAUUUUAAGACAAACUUUUCCUUAGUAGGUAUAGAAUCCUGUUUCCUGAACAUAAUGGUUUUAUAGGUUUUGAAUGCAGUAACUUCUAAGCUAUUUUAAUAACCUGAAGUGUUAUACUGUCUCUGAGGCUAAUAGUUAAAAACUGAAUCAGCUUUUUUUAAUGGUACUGGGGAUUCUUCAGCAGUUCAGUAUCUUAAAAAUUUUUUGGGGGGAGGGUGGAAGAAAACUCAUAGCUCAAAUUCUGUGUUAAGCUGCUGGUUUAGUACAGUGUCAAAGCUGAACACUCAUUUCAGAAAACUCUUUUUCCUAGAAUGUAAUUUGCUGCAUUUAAUACUAUUUUUAGGUCAGAUAGAAAUGUAAAUAAAGUGGCAAGAAUGCUGGUUUUCCAAACUAGAUGUAGGAGAGCAGUCUGUACAGCCUUGGAAGCAAUAAAAAUGGUAGAAGAACUGGUAGAGCAAAAUAUAUUUUUGAGACAUAAUGGUUUCUUUUGUCAGAGAACUGACUUGCACACUGAUUGCAAGUACUGUAUAGAAUGCUUCAGUGAAGAUAAAUGUGUUAUGCAUGCUGGAAGUACUUCAACUGACAGGUGUUCUUGGCUUUUUUUUUUUUUUGAGAAAUGCUGCAGUGCUUAAGAGAACAGUGAAGUCUCCAGCUAGUACACUGAAGUCCUUAUAAGCAAACGGCAACUCCAAACUAACAUGGCAGUCAGACUGUGUGAUGUGGCUUCUCUGCUUAGAAGUGGUUCGUGGGCAGCAGAGCCUUGGACUGGGCAGGUAAUUGCUGCCAUGGAAACACAGCUGUCUAAUGGACCAACUUGUAAUAACACAGCCCAUGGUUCAGCCCCCAUAAACAAUUGCUCAUCACCAGUUGAUUCUGGGAACACAGAAGACAGCAAGACCAAUUUAAUAGUCAACUACCUUCCACAAAACAUGACACAAGAGGAACUGAAGAGUCUUUUUGGCAGCAUUGGGGAGAUAGAAUCCUGCAAGCUUGUCAGGGACAAAAUAACAGGACAGAGCUUGGGUUAUGGUUUUGUGAACUAUGUUGACCCUAAGGAUGCUGAAAAAGCUAUCAAUACGCUGAAUGGAUUGAGACUUCAAACUAAGACUAUAAAGGUUUCUUAUGCACGACCAAGUUCAGCUUCUAUAAGAGAUGCAAAUUUGUAUGUUAGUGGACUUCCAAAAACGAUGACCCAGAAAGAACUGGAACAGCUCUUUUCCCAAUAUGGACGGAUUAUUACUUCUCGUAUUCUGGUUGACCAAGUCACUGGGGUGUCACGGGGCGUGGGGUUUAUCCGGUUUGACAAGCGAAUUGAAGCAGAAGAAGCUAUCAAGGGCUUGAAUGGCCAGAAACCUCCGGGUGCCACAGAGCCCAUCACUGUAAAGUUUGCUAACAAUCCAAGCCAAAAAACCAAUCAGGCCAUUCUUUCCCAGCUGUACCAUUCUCCAAACAGAAGGUAUCCUGCCCCUCUAGCUCAGCAGGCUCAACGUUUUAGGUUGGACAAUCUGCUCAACAUAGCUUAUGGAGUAAAGAGUAGGUUUCCUCCAAUGACCAUUGAUGGAAUGACAAGUUUGGCUGGAAUUAAUAUCCCUGGACAUGCAGGAACUGGAUGGUGCAUUUUUGUGUACAACUUGGCCCCUGAUGCUGAUGAGAGUAUCCUCUGGCAAAUGUUUGGACCCUUCGGAGCAGUGACCAAUGUGAAGGUCAUCCGUGACUUUAAUACCAACAAGUGCAAAGGUUUUGGAUUUGUGACUAUGACAAACUAUGAUGAGGCAGCUAUGGCAAUAGCCAGCCUGAACGGAUACCGCCUUGGUGACAGAGUAUUGCAGGUCUCCUUCAAAACAAACAAAACGCACAAAGCCUAACAAGUUAUUCUCAGUGCAUUAAUACAUGAAAACUAUACAACAAAGGCAAUUUACAAGAAGCUUUAUGCAUUAGUAAAUGCCUUUGUUGUAUGCCAGUGUGGAAAUGGGGAUAAAAUGACUACUUAGCAUCCUAAGAAUAUGUGAGAUUUUUUUAUUGCUAAUAUUUGAAUUAGAACUUCUUAACUAUCUUUUGUGUUUGAGUAUUGACAAGAGGUACAGGGUUUUUACCUGUCUCAAUGCAUAUUCUAUUGCCUUCUUUGAAGAAGGUGGACCUUUUAAAAUGUUUCAGCUAAGGGAAGAAGUUUUUUUUCUUUAUACAUGACUGCCUUUAAUCUAUGAGUAAAUAUCGAGGCUUUGUGUAAUACUGUAUUUUUUUGUCGUUUCUUGAUUUGCUUUGUGUUUAAUUUACAUUGUAAUGCAUUAUUGUUUUGUUCAAGAAAAUCAUCUGAAGUUUACAUUUUAUUUAUAAAGUUAUAAGCAGUAUUUAUUUCAUCAUCUUCAUUUGGGUUGGGGAGUGGGAACACAUUAUAAAAGCUUAUUGUAAGAAUACUGGAGAACUUUUCGUAAAGCAGUACCUUGCCAAAGAGAUAAGAGCCUCUUUGAUGUGGGUUUAAAAAGCAUCUAUUUUUAUAAAAAAAAUAAAAAAUUUGGAGAAACUUUUUACUGGUCCUGGAACAAAUAUUUUGACUUGAAUACUUUGAGAAAUCUCUUCGUAUGACACCUAGUGAGCUUUUAAAACUUACCAGGAAAUUUGCAAUUGUUGGGAAAAAAUUUAGAAAGAUUUAUGAUGUAGAGCUACUUUUGAGACCUUUGUAUUAAGAAGUAAAGUCAAUGGGAUGCACUGUUGGUUUCAUUUUUUGUAAUCAUCAGUGGAGUCAUUGAUCAUCCUGGUUAUUAAGUGAUAGGUGGCUCACUUUAAUUUGUGAUUUUGAAGCGAAUGAAAAUUUAAAAAAAGAAUAUAAGAGCAAGCAGAAGACUUAAAACACUGAGAUAUGGGGGAAAAAAAUCUGUUCUUCCUAAAGAAUUCCCUUCAGAUAAAGCUCAUGGUGUUUAGUGAUGUACUUGCUAUUGUUUGAAGAAUUGUUUUGUCUUAAGAAAAGACAUCAAGCAUGAUUUGUGUAGUAGCAAAUCAGCAGAAGUGGCCUGAGUUGGAUACAUUAGGAGGUAUUUUGAAAGUUAUGUUCAAGGCUAACACCUGAGCUUUGUGUAAUGUAAAUAAGAACUUAAGUUAUGAACCUUUCAGCUAAUUUUGAUUAUAGUUUUUUUAAAAGUUACAUGCCAAGUGAUGUUCAAUUUUGAAUGUUUUUGUAUAAGUUUUUUCUUUGUAAAUGGCAUUAACAUUGUUACUUGAGAUCUGCUUCUUCUUUUUUUUUCUUUUUUUUUUUGUCCUGAGGACUUGAAUUUACAGUGCAUCAGAUCUGUUGCUAUUUUUGUCUGUAGAUAGUCUAGCUUCAGCUGUUUAUGGUGAUGCAACAUUUUUGUUCAUGAAUAUGUUUGUGGUAAAAAAACAAGUAUAAACAUAUGUUUUGAGCAAAUUUCCUUACAUUUUUCAUAUGAAAACCAUAAAUACCUGUAUGCUAUUGAAGUUUAACUUUGUAUGAUGCUUAAAUCACUAUUUGGGGAAAUAGAAAAAGUCUUUACCAUGUAUUGAAGAAAUUUAAGGAAAACAAAUACAGAAUAUUUUCUGAUUAGCAUCUAGCUUAUAAUUAAAUUUUUAAAAAAAAGCUGAGGGUUUGAUGCCUUCACCAGGAUGCACUGACAACUAUGUAGUUACGUCCUGCUUUUUGUAUAAACUGAGAUGCUCAUAUGCUUCCCCUUAGAAAAAGCAAUGUUCUAUGCAUAACAUAGUUGUACACUAUCUUUGCAGUUGUUUUUGGUUCUUAUUCUUUUAAAUUGUAGUUAUAAAAUUUUCAGUAUAGUACAGUACAUAUACUGUGAAGCGCGUGCUAAAGUGAAUAAGCAAGUUUUCAUGCUGACCCACUCAAUGCUAUUCAAAAAUCAAUUGGCUUCCUGAGUACUUUCAUUCUUAGAUGCAUUUAGAUUGUUAAAGCUAAUCCUCUGCAUUAAAAGUUGUAUAUAGUAUAGAAAUCACAAACUUUCCGAUGUGGGAGAAAUAGUAGCUACAUGCUUCUUUCCUAUUCUACUGUAGCAACUAACGGCAUUGAUGAGAAGGCAUGUAAAUUGGGCUUCACUUUACAGUGUUUAUCAGAGCACUUAGUAAAAUAUAAGGCUGGUAUUUAUUUGAAGUUGUAUAGUAUGACUUAAUUCACAUUUGUUGGAAUAGAGAAUAUAUUCUGUUGGGUAUUUAAGAGGUUGUACAUGUUUUCUUUUGUGUUUGGAUUCUUUGUACUUUUUCAUGUUCAGUACAUCAAUAAACAAAGUUGAAGGGAAAA